AGGAGCGGCUACAAAAGGAACAGCUGCCGGCGCCCGGAUCCGUCCAUGGAGCUGAGGCGGAUGAAGCGCUGCUGAGCGGAUCCCAGCCGCGCCGCUGCGGUGAGCAGGCACCUGCGCCGGGCCCUCCUUGCCCGCCGUCCCGCUCCCCAGCGUCACCCGGGAAUUGUACGUGGCCAGACAUGCCCAUGAAUGUGGAAGAAUCUAGGCAGAGUUCCUGCUGGGGACUGUGCAGAAGGAUGGCAGCUGCAGAACCGUUGACUGCUUUCUCGCGUUGGUAUCUAUAUGCCAUUCAUGGCUACUUCUGCGAGGUGAUGUUCACAGCUGCUUGGGAGUUUGUGGUCAACUUCAACUGGAAGUUCCCAGGUGUCACCAGUGUAUGGGCACUCUUCAUCUAUGGGACGUCCAUCCUUAUUGUAGAAAAGAUGUAUCUGUACCUGAAGGAUAAGUGUAACAUACUAGUGCGCUGCCUCAUUUACACCCUAUGGACGUAUCUUUGGGAAUUCACAACUGGCUUCAUUCUACGCCAGUUUAAUGCCUGCCCAUGGGACUAUUCACAGUUUGACUUGAACUUCAUGGGCCUCAUAACCCUGGAGUACGCCAUCCCAUGGUUCUGUGCAGCAUUUAUCAUGGAACAGCUAGUCAUCAGGAAUACCCUGCGUUUGCGUUUUGAUGAGAAUGCUGAACCAGGUGUACCCACAUCUGCUGCAAGCUUGGCCAAUGGUCAUGUGAAAACUAACUGAAUUGUACCUUAGACUACACUAUGACUAAGCAGUCUCUCCUGCCCCCUUCAUUAGAGACCUGGGAUGAUGGCCUCAACAGCAAAACUCCUGUUUCCUUUAUGAUAAACAAACCUCCUGGGUUUGGAGGUGUGCAUGAAAAAGUGGAAUCAGUAGGUUUUCUAUGAAUUUUAUUCUCUUUCUCUCUCUUGGUUCCUUUGUUUUUUAAACUGCAAGUACCAUUGUCAACUACUUGUUGACUAGAUAGUUCGACUUGUAAUUUACUCUGAAAACAGUUCUAUGAUCAGUAGUUUAUUAUAUCUGGGAAAGAAAAAACAAAAGGCUGGCCCAAAUUGUGCAAAUAACAUUAGUGGACAGGCACAGAGACCCCAGUUGACUUAGUGAUUGGCUUAUAUUCCAUUCAGGUGCUUGCUUGCAACCAAUACCUCCCAUGGGACCUGAGAUGCUGCAGAGUCAAGGAAAAAUCAGUACCUGUUGAAACAGCCCAACAAAGUGGCAGACUACUGUGGAGAUAGAAUUUGCCUUGUUGUGUGCUUUCCUUAAGGCUUUUUUAAGUUGCACCACAGUGUAUAAUAUUAUGGUGCUGGACAUCUUGCUGAAUUUCUAUAAAAUAUUACUUUUUGAAUCAUCCAUUCUGACACUCACUAGAUGGUUUGUUUCCCACUCUCAUGUACCUAUUUUUUAAAUAAAGACCUAUUUUGCUGGAUAAAGUAAAUCAUUGCUGUACAACCUGCAUUAUAGAUAAGUAGGCAAAAGUGGGAGAGAAACGGCUAAAGUCAUCCUACCUCCUAUUCUCACACCUUCUGGUGGAACUCAACAGGAGGGCUGCUUCAGAUCUGAUUCUUGCUAACUUUCAUUGUGACUGUUUACAUCAUCAGAAUCUUCUCUGGCUUCCUCCAUGGGGAAUUUUCUAUUCUCAGAAAUCCAAGUGUCUAUAAAUAUGGACCAUUGACACCAUAUUGAAGUCUUUGUCUGAUGCCUGGAUUCAUUGGGAGUUGAAAUCCUGCAGGACAGACUCUUGAAAGGCCUGUGGUCAUUCUUUUUUGUACUGAUCUUCUCCAAGUUCUGCCCUGGUGUUCUCAGUGUACAAAUGGUAGUAGUAAUGCAGCAGUAUCUCUUCAUAAAGCUAUUUAUGAGCAACUGUUGAUGGUAUCUCACUGUUUGCUGGUGGUGAACUUUGAAGGAUCAUCCUUCAAGAAGUUUCAAGUGAGUGGAAAAUAGCAUAAAAGGGCUGCAGAUAUUCUGGAGUCUGGAGCCAAAGUGAAUGUCCCAAGAGAAAUAUGUGAUUUCCAGGGGCACCUAAAGAAGAACUAGUGAUGAACAAGAGUCUGGCAGUCAUCAAAAGAAUCUGUUCCUUUUGUUCAUAGAAAAAAAAAAGGGGGGGGGAAUUGCUUAAACUAAAAACAUCCAAUAGCUUUAAGAAGAAGAUAUGCUAUCACUAGGCCUCCUGGACCAGAAGGAAGUCCAGAUAUCAUUUGCAUAGAAUGGAAUGCACUGGGAUGGAAUUGCACCAGCAAUGGGAUGAGCUUGUACUCUUGUAUUUUUUUUGUAGUGGCACCACCUCUUUUGUUUAAAAUGAGACUGUCUCGUUGUUUGGCAAACUGUUAACUUUUAUCUACCUGGCAGUUAUUGUAUUGAUGGGUUAACCUGGCAGUUAUUGUAUUGAUAACAUAACUGAUAGGUUAGGACUACCGUUUGAAGAACUCUCUGCCCUCAGUUUGCACUGCCAGGGAAUUCUGGGAUUCCUAGUCACAGCCCACCUGAUGGCAAAAGAUUUCGGAAGGUUGAGUUCUAUUCUAGGAGCAACAAGAAGGGCAAGCUGCCACCCUGAGUAAGUGUUACGUGGUCAUGAUUAAGAAUGAAGGUAAUAGUAACUUGCUUGGUAUUUUCAGAGUGUGAUUAUUUUAUUUCUUUACAUCUCCCGACAGACCUGAUAUCCAUUGCUGGCAGUGGAUGAGCAGGAAUGUUAGCAGUGGAAGUAUUGCCAGGUCUGCCCUAUUGUAUUUAGCAUCUCUUGACACACUUAGCAGGAUUAAACUUUGCCUUUUAUAAAUUCUUCCUUUUUUAUUUUUAAUCAGUACUGAUCCAAACUAUGUUUCAGGAAAGGGAGGGACCACGCAGACCAUUGUUAUUAGCCCUGUAACAAUGGCCAACUCUACUAAAAAAUAAGAUGGUGGGGUAAAUCAUAGAUCUUAAGCUCUUUUACAUAUGGCAGGAAAUGGGCUACAUUUGCACUUUCUGGUAACCAUCAUCUGUGAAACCUUGGAAAAGGCUAGAGAAUUUCAGUCUUGCCAUUACUUGAAGAUAUAUAUUUUUGGUUCAAAUGAAUUCCAUGAAAUCGUGCUAUAGGGGUUAGUAAGUUGCAUUACAAAUACACUAAAUGAAGGUUAAAGAUAGCAAAAUUACUGAAUACAAAGGAGUUGCAUUUUUGUGCCGGUAAUACCAAUUCCCACCAUUUGAUAAUACUGUAGUGCAAUUCUGUGUACCUUGGGGAUGGUAGACUAUAAUCUGCUCCUAAAUGACAUGGUGUUUCAUAAUUGGUCAAUAGUUAUGACAUUCCGCAAAUGUGUUGCAUUUUCCUAUGUUACAUCAGUACCUUCUAAAGCUUAUUUGAUAUCAUUUUAUUUGGUACAUUGUGCACAGAUCUAUCUUUAAGGGGCUAUAAUUUCCAUGUACAAAUGCAGAAAGUUGUAUACCAGAAACUAGGCUGAGCUAUAAUUAUUAACAUUUUUAUGUAGAAAUCUUCUCGAACUUGUGCUCGAGAUGCAUUGGACAAAUCUCCAGGCAACAUGUCCGGAGGGUACCAGGUCAGGGAACGCUGCCAUAAACCAUCCAUCAGAUAAUUCAUUGACUGGGUAAAUAUCCUUUAAUUCAAUGCCUAAUCCUCUCCAGGUUAUUUUAUUAGCCAGACUGUGCAGAUCUCAUUAUUGGUUCUGGAGAAAAUCAACUUAGUGGCACCCAGAGAUUUUCCACUUUUAUUUCAUUUAUUAUUUUUUUCUUUUUUUCUCAAUUCAAAUGGAGGUGGGGGGUGGGGGAGAACCGAACUACUGAUGUUUUAUUACUGGAUUAUUUAAAAUUACACAGCAAUGACAGUUAUAUUGUUGAUAAUAGUAGCCAAAAGGCAGUGGAGGAUGCACUGGCACCUAAAAUACAUAAUAAUGAAAUAAAUGAACACAAUCCUCAGUUAAAUUUUUGCUUGUAUGUGUAUCCUCCUCCAUAAAUUAAAAUUGCCUGUUUGAAUUCACCAGCAAUAAAAAACUUGUGGUUUGUUGGUUUUGCUUUUUCACUUAAAGAAUGGCUUAUGACUUAAAUUGUGAGAAAUUGAGAUGGACAGAGAAUGUGUGUAGGUAACAAACUUUCUUAUGCACACUCCAAAUUCAUAGCAAUUCAUCUUUAAAAAGGAUAGAGAACCCAGCUAUCUUAGCUGUUUGGCAUCCAUAUUUUGUUAGCCAGCUGUCCUGUUCUGCUGGAUCAGCCUUCUCCAACCAGCUUCCUCCAGAUGUCCUGGACUUAACUCCUGUAAUCCCUGGCCAGCAGUGGCAGCUCUAUAAAAUACUGGAAUAAACAAGACAGCUCCAUCAUCAUGCUUUGCAGUUGGGGGUUGGGCGCCAUGUAAAAAAGGUACGUUUUGUCUAAAAUGUGUUGGCCCUGGACCCAAGCUCACUGGGGCUACUGGCAGUGUGGGGAAUGCCUCUACCGUGUCAUAACCCAAGAGUUUUUCCUAAACUAAGCCUUGCAGUGAGUCUUUGAGAGGUGUCCCAGAUGCUGUAUUCCAAAAAAGUGGAUUGGGUUGGUAGAUUAGAUUAGAUUAGAUUAGAUUAGAUUAGAUUUAUAGUUAAUUAAAAUUACAUUAAAGUAUUUGAACACAGUGGUUAUGACUACUCCCAUAGAAUUUAAUAAUUUCCCCAUUGGACACAUUAAAGAGUACAAUUUUUGAUCCACCCAAGGUUUUGGGGGCUUCCUACAGCUCUGAAUUAGAGCUAGCCCAUUUUGGAGAAGUUCUGUUAUUCCAGAGGGCUUAAUUUUUAGUUGAAUGUUAUACUACUGUACAUAGGGGAAGAUUCUGAGUAUGUCAGCAUGAAGUCUAAUUCAGACCUUCUCCAGAAGUUUUCUUUUACAGAGUGCUUCCUAAUAUGCAGGGAAGUGAACAGAAGUCAACAGAAAAGAGAUUAACUAAUGUAAAUCAAGUGAAAAGAAACAACAAGCCUUUUGCUCUCUGGUUUGCCAAAAUGUCUAAGCUGACGCAUUUUAUAAUAACAGUGGAUUUCAGUGGAUUAAAACAUUUUAAAAUUUGCUUUCACUCUUCUGACCACUUUGGGACAUUGCAGAAUAAUCAAAGUUCCUCCAUACCUUAAAAAAAUAAGAGAAAAUUCCAGCCAACCAUGAUGGUAUUGAAAAGAAUGUUUGAUCUAAAAGAUCGUUGGUCAGUACUUAUUUAUUUAAUCCACUUAUAUGGAGCUGCCCAUGUCAA